AUGAAGGAUAUUUUAUCUAAUUAUUCAAACCUCAUAUAUCUUAACAAAUAUGUGAAAGAAAAGGAUAAAUAUAUAAAUGACUAUAGAAUUAUCAGAACAUUAAAUCAAGGCAAAUUCAACAAAAUAAUUUUGUGUGAAAAGGAUAAUAAAUUCUAUGCCUUGAAGAAAUAUGAGAAAAGCUUGUUAGAAAAAAAAAGAGAUUUUACAAAAAGUAAUAAUGACAAGAUUUCAAUAAAGUCCAAGUAUGAUGAUUUCAAAAAUGAGCUACAAAUAAUAACAGAUAUAAAAAAUGAAUACUGUUUAACUUGUGAAGGUAUCAUAACAAAUUAUGAUGAGGUAUAUAUAAUAUAUGAGUAUAUGGAAAACGAUAGUAUUUUAAAAUUCGAUGAAUACUUUUUUGUCUUAGAUAAAAAUUACACUUGUUUUAUUCCUAUACAAGUUAUUAAAUGUAUUAUAAAAAGUGUAUUAAAUUCGUUUUCUUAUAUUCACAAUGAAAAAAAUAUUUGUCAUAGAGAUGUGAAACCUUCAAAUAUAUUGAUGGAUAAAAAUGGAAGAGUAAAAUUAUCAGAUUUUGGAGAAUCAGAAUAUAUGGUAGAUAAAAAGAUAAAGGGGUCAAGGGGUACCUAUGAAUUCAUGCCCCCUGAAUUUUUUUCAAAUGAAUCAUCUUAUAAUGGAGCAAAGGUGGAUAUAUGGAGUUUGGGUAUAUGUCUUUAUGUUAUGUUUUAUAACGUUGUACCAUUUUCUUUGAAAAUAUCACUGGUUGAGCUUUUUAAUAAUAUAAGAACAAAGAAUAUAGAAUAUCCUCUUGAUAGAAAUCAUUUUUUAUAUCCUUUGACAAAUAAAAAAAGUACGUGUUCAAAUAAUUUUUUAUCAAAUGAAGAUAUUGAUUUUUUAAAAUUGUUUUUGAGGAAAAAUCCUGCUGAGCGCAUAACAUCAGAGGAUGCUUUGAAACACGAAUGGCUAGCUGAUACAAAUAUCGAAGACUUGAGAGAAUUCUCGAAAGAACUUUAUAAAAAGAGGAAAAAAUUAUAA